GAUAAUUGCGGGACCCGUUAGAAAAAUCCGUCGUCAUUUUGUGACAGUUUAUUUAGAAGUUGUUCCACUGUUUGAAUAUGUUAAUUCAUUGGAAAGGUCACCAUCACCAGUCAAAUGGCGGAAUGAUCCCAGCAGUCUUUGCCGGUUGAAGUAAAAGAAGAAGAAGAAGGACCUUACCACGUUUAAGGCAAAUCUAUAGUAAACAGUCGUUAAAAUUUUGAAAAUGAGUGUAAAACGGCAAAUUUUUUUACAACAUUUAGAUUCUAAACGCACAAUAAAAUUGCCGGCUAACGAAUUGUUUAACUUGGGACGAAACAAGGAAACCGACGUAAAAGAUAUCAAAGUUUCGAAAAAACAAAUUGUUUGUUUCGCUGACAGCGAUUUAAAUCAUUUGAAAAUCAAACCCAUCGGUAGGGCUGUAUCGACGGUCAAUGGAUUUGCGCUAAAGUAUGGCCAAGUGUAUUCGUUAAAACACGGCGAUUUGUUAGAGUUGCGGUUUGGCGAACAUAAAUUUAAAGUGAUAUUUGAUCCAGACCCUGACGCAAAUGGAGAACAGUCUCCCAAGAAACAGAAAAUGGAUUUUCCCGUCUUUCAUUUAAACAAAGUUAAGACCAAAUUAAGUGAGAAAGAUAAUUCGUUAUCGAACAGUGGCGUUUGGGAAAGUAUUAAUAAUAAUGAGCUGCUGAUUUUUACGUGUGAAAACUGCACGGGGAAGUCAAAGAUCGCGGCGUUCGACAUAGAUGGCACAAUCAUAAAAACGAAAUCUGGAGCCCGGUUUCCUAAAAACGGUGACGAUUGGACUUUUAACUUUGACGUGGUAAAAAAUCAGCUCUCAAAAUUGGUGAACGAAGAUUAUAAGAUUGUUUUCUUUACCAAUCAAUCAGGAGUUGGAAACGAUGCUUCAAAAAUCAAAGAAUUCAAAAGGAAAAUUGAAAAUAUUAUAAAAGCUUUAAAUUUACCAAUGCAGGUAUUCAUUUCUUUAGGAAAAGGAAUUUAUAGAAAACCCAGGACAGGCAUGUGGCAGGAAUUGAUAAAAGAGAGAAACGAUGGUGUCGAUGUAGAUUUGUCUCAUUGUUUUUAUGUCGGAGAUGCUGCGGGGCGUGAAAAAAAUUGGAUGCCCAAGAGAAACAAAGACCAUUCUAUAGCGGAUAGAUUAUUCGCUAUCAAUUUAGGUCUGAAUUUUUAUACACCGGAAGAAUAUUUUUUAAAAGCAAAACCAGCCCCUUUCAAAAUGCCCGAGUUUGAUCCAAGAGAGGAUACGAAAAACCUCAAGAUUCCCGAUGUAAGCUGCGAUAAAUUGAAUGUUGUGUUGAUGGUGGGCGGUCCCGGGUCUGGGAAGAGCAUUUUUUGUAAAACCCAUCUGCUGCCCCUGGGAUAUGUUCACGUCAGCAGGGACAAAUUGGGCAGUUGGCAAAAGUGUGUGAAACUUAUGGAAGAGUCCCUGACUAUGAAAAAAAACGUUGUAAUUGACAACACAAAUGUGGACAAAGAAACCAGACAGAAGUUCAUCCAAGCAGCUAAGAAUUACAAUGCCGACAUUCGGUGUUUUGUUAUGUCUACUUCGUUGUACCAAAUGAGGCACAAUAACAGGUUUAGGGAAUUAACUGACAAAUCUCACGCUAUUGUAAGUGACAUAAUUAUAUUUAGUUUCCGGAAAAACUAUCAAGAGCCUGAAUUAUCUGAAGGGUACUCUCAGAUUUUACAAAUUCCCUUCAUUUGCCAUUUUGACAAUCCUGAACAUGAGAAGCUUUAUAAAACAUUUUUAUUGGAUUAAUUUUGAAUACAUUGCAUUAGUUCAAGUGUUACCGUAAUUAGUUGUUUUUAAUGAACCAGUCCUCGCAGUAUAUCUGAAGAAUAAAUAACUUUUUAGCAAAGAUGGUUCACCUAAAUUUUCACAGAUUCUUUAUCUGAUCAACUCUGCUGAUUGCCUUCUGAUGCGGUAAAGGACAACAGUUUUCGAAGCGUAAUGUAACAAGAAAGAUGGAACAAUGAGAUAUCUUUGUAAUGAUUAAUUUUUUUAUUACAGUACAAGUUAAAAUAAAAUAUAUUAUUUUCUUAUAAAGACGCGCUAGUACUGUCCAGAUUAAGUUUUUGCUCAAAUUUUUUACCAUUGCCGUUUUUCUGGCUGUGGUGUACCCUUUUCUGAAAGGCAAUUUGUCAGAUCCUGUGGAAAAUUCAAUUUCAUGGUAGCCCCCUGGUAGAAAAAUAUGUGACCUAAUUUAUGUUCAGUCUCAAUCAAUAUCCAGAACAUCCUAAAGGGAUGUAGUAAAGAAAAAUGAAUAAAAUGUAAUUUUACACACAAAAUUGUAAAAAAGGGAUCAUCGAA